ACGAGUGGUGUGUCGCUCGUUCGGCUUGCAGUGAAUCCCGGAGCUGCGGCACCCGCCGCUUUGUCCUUGCGACAGGGAUCGGGGCUCCCUCCUGCUGAACACGGUGCGGAGGGAGUCGAGGACGCCCGCUCGCCGUGUUUUUGCGGAGGGCUCGCCGUGACGGAACUGCCGCUGCCGAGCUUCUGCUACGUGAUGUACUUCCGCUCUCUGCGGCUGAGCCAGGCUGCGGUGCGAUGUCAGCAGAGAGCAAGCGAGAGGAGCCCAGCCUUCCGGACGGCAGUGAAACACAAUAGUGACAGCUCAGGUGGAAGCUGUCACGGUGUGCCCUCGCAGGACUGGACCCAAGCGCAGAAGAAUGGCAGACACUCUCUCUGUCACGGAGGUCGCUGGCACCAGCUCAACCUAGGAGCAGUGGACAGCGGGCUCACGACUCGACCGAGGAGCAGAGGAACAGCAGAAUCCCCAGGAAGAGACAGAAACAAGAGGUUAAGCAUAGGAAUACCAACAGAGCAUCUGAGAGACACCACGAGACAAAUCCUUCUCUAUAACAAGAUGUGCUUCACAUUUCUUCUGAGAAGCCACAAGAUCCAAGAUAUUUCUUUGUAUUCAGCUUUUUAAAGUAAAUCAGUAUGUUUGAUAUUGAGGCACUGGGAGCCCCUGAAGUUUCCUCAAGUUCUCAACUUUGCAACGGAACGCAUGAGCUAGAAAUCAGGAGUGAAGCCAUUAGUAUGACAGAUGUCAAACAGGACAUGAAUUCUAACUUUGUGGUAGAGCGAUCCAGCAAGAAUGAGAUCUUUGGCAAGCUUCCGUCUGAAGGGACCGCAUUGAGAAAUAGUCCUCAGCUGAAAAAUGAACCGGAUUUGCAAAUGAAGAAAGAGAAGGGCAAUCCUUUUUCCCUGAGUUUGGAGUCAGGGAGCACCAAACCACCUUCAGGAGAGCGUGUCCGAAUUCCACCAGAGGGAGCCGAAAUGGGCCACCCCAGCAAACUUACCAACGUUGUGGAUUGUGAAGAGCUUACUGUCUCUCCCUCAGAUGACAAUGGCUAUUCCAGCAGCUGUUUGAGUAUCGAAAGUCCAGAUAGUGUAGAAGGAAACAUCUGGGAGGCAGGUGAGACUGUCAAGAGGGAUAAACUGGAUCCUUGGCAACAAGCUGAUGUUGAAAGCAUUCCAGGGACUCCACCUGCUGCAGAUUCUUUCCUGCCUUCAAUAUUUGAAGCAGUCCAGAGUCUUCAAGAGAAGCAAAGAUUCAAAGAGCAAGAGAAAGAGAAGCACCAAACCCAAGUGAUCAUGUACCGCCGCUUGGCCUUGCUGCGAUGGAUCCGUAGCCUCCAGCAGAAAGUCGUGGACCAUCAAAACCGGCUGCAGGAGAGCUACGACACCAUCCUGAACAACCGCAAAGAGCUGCUCAAGUUCAUCAAACAGGGAGUUGUCUAGCAAGACGGUGACCAGUGCAUGUUGCGUGGAGUCUCGCAAACCUCAGUGACUGCCUUCUCUCCUGCGAUCAGUUUCAGUAAAACUCACUUAUUCAUCUUAGAAACUCGGUGGCUGAAGUCAGAGAAUGUAAGCAACAUUAAUGUAUCAUUGUUUGACUGGAUGAGAGGGCAUGCUUCCCACUAUCUUGCUGUUUCUUGAAGAGAUAUUUCCCCCUUUAUUUUAAGGCUGCUUUCUGAGAUGCACGAGGAAGUAAACUGCUGAACAAUAGAGAUUAAGUAGGGAAACCGUUUUCAACCCUGGUUGGGUCACCUGGGCAAGAGCGUCCCAUAUUGAAAGACCCAAUACACCCGAUGACCCAUUGUUGAUACAUCACUGAUGAUGAUGAUGCACAUCCUAGGAUGUAUCGCAGCAUCAGUCAAAUUGUUGGUUAUGGUAAUCACUUCAUCUCUACUGAGAUCUGUUUUUAUUUUGUAAAAAGAAAAUUACUGUUGCAUCCCUGUAUAAGCUGGAAAGGCUAUUUCCAGUCAAAAAGGUUACAUUAGGAUCUUGCCCUGUUGCAUUUUGCAGCUGACAUGUUCCUGUGCUAUAUAUUUUUUGUUUCAUCAUCUUGUUUUUAAACCAACUCCACACUUUGCUGUUCUUUUAAAAUGUAACUUUUUUUUUAAUGACGUCCUUGUUACUCAGUCAACAAAAUAGAGUGAUUGAUGUUGCUUCAGAUUUAUUCCCCUUCUCCCUCGAAGUUGAAGCUGACAUUUGAUUUUAAAAAAAGGAGCUGAGGAUUUUCCUUGGUGCACAUGCAGUAAAUGUGCAGAUCCUGACAUUAUUCCAACUUUUGUUUGCUUUAUCGUCAGGAGUUUUUGGUUGCAUUUAACCUGCUGACUCAGAUUUUUUUUUGGUGUGCUUGAAGCAUAUUGACACUUCUCAUUAGUUAGGCCAGAAGUCCCCAAUCUUUUUUAUGCGAUUGAUUCUUACUAUUAACUGAGGGGUCUGAGGACCCCCAGGUCGAGAAACGCUGAGUUAGUCUGUACUUGGUUUAAUUUUACAUAUAAAGAUCAAAUGGAACUAAAGAAAUGUGCUGAUUUGUGAAAUACUCUUCUAUUCGUAUUUUAAUAUGAUAUGAAUUAAAAUUAAAGUCCUUUUAGUUUGAAACUCAUGGAUCAAUAAUUUUAAGCUUAGUCACAAACAUUAAUUAUAUUAGAUGUUGGAUCUAGAAAAAAUAUGCUUUACCUGUAACAGAUAAUCAACUUUUAAUAAAAAUGUAAAGAUUGUAUUUAAAGCUAGCAUGUCCAAUAACUAUAUUGUAUCCAUUUGCUCGUGGAGAUCAUUUAUAUAUGGAUAAGAUUCAUAAGAUGUGCUCUUAAGUCAGAAAUUGCAUUGUCAAUAAAGGCAGCAAGGCAUUGUGAGCUGAACAAUAUUUUGAGGGAUGGACCUUUUAUAAGGAUACCUGGUUCUGAAGCUGUUCUGGUACUGACUGAUCUUAUUGUUUGGAUAACACGUGGCUGAAAUUUGAGGGAACCCUCUCAUGGAUUGGGUUGAACGUUAUUUGAUGGUAGGGGUUCUCUGAAAAUCUGAAACUACUAGCUUUUUCUUUCUGGUUUGUUUAAAGCAUUGAGAUAUUCGCGUGGGCAUGAUUAUCUUCUUGUAAAGAUAGCUACUCUCAUGUGUAAUGUAAGCAAGCGGACAGAAGAAACAAUUAUUCCGUAUGUAUUAUGGCUAUGUUUGUCAUCUGACCUACCUUAAUAAUGUUUGCCCAAAUAUAGCUGCAAUUUUUUUUCUGAAUGACUACCAUCAUCAUGAUGUGUGUGUGGUUAAUAGGAAUUUAUGAUGUGCAAUUAUUAAUUAAUAUAAAGUGAACUAUUAUAUAUUAAUGACUAUUUAUAGAACUAUAUCUGUGCUAUCAUGCCUACAUGAAGUGAACUAUUAUACAUUCAUGACUAUUUAUAGAACUAUAUCUGUGCUAUCAUGCCUACAUCAAGUGAACUAUUAUACAUUAAUGACUAUUUAUAGAACUUUAUCUAUGCUAUCAUGUCUAUAAUACUAAACACCUUCAAAUAUGAAUGUCAAAGUUUGUCUUAUUACUAAAUAAGUCAGUGAUUUGUUAAUGGGUCCUUUACAUUUAGUUUAAAAACUGUAGAAAUAAUCCACUAAUAUGAAGAACUGAUAAGCAAGGUUUUGAGCCUGCUCUGAGAUUUGGACCCAAGGACCCAAUUUGGUUCAGAAUGUUUUUGGUUUGCUUCAAUUUUAUGCAUGAAUAGUUGAGUUUUACCCCCUUUUCGAGUGUUGGUCUUUUUUUUUCUCUUUAAUUGCGUUCUUUCGGUUUCCUUGCUUUGUGGCUACCUGCAAGCAAGCAAAUCUCAAAGUUGUAUCAUCUACACAUUCUUUGAUAAUAAAUGUACUUUGAAUCUUUGAUACUAUCAACUGAUACUGUGAUACAUGGGGAUGAGAUGUGAUGUCCAUAUGGUCCGAAUAUCACAGUUAUUUAGCAAACAUUUAGCAUGAGAAAUUCUAAGCAAUUCCAACGAAAGUAAAUGUCUGCAGUGUUAAAGAGUUAGGAAAUAUACUUAAACACAAGAGAUUCUGCAGAUGCUGAAAAAAAUACUGUAAACUGUUUGAAACUAAUUUGCACAUUUAAAAAAGUUCAGGCACAUGCAGAAAAGUUUGCAUUUGAUCACCAAAGGGGAAAGAGGUGCACUUAAAUGCAUUAAUUAUUGAUGAGAUUCCUUAUAUUAUCAUUAAAUAUUCCCCAUUCCAUAUCGCCGUUCUGCCAGCACCUCCUGGAGUGGAUCAGAAUAAUGAAUUCCUAGAAGAACCCCAGUCCAUUUGCCUCAUCCCCUUUUCACUCCACAAAUCUUGCUUAAUAAGAAAAGUGGCUUUCUAAUGUGUUUCAAUGAAAAAUCAACCACUUCCUGUGAAAUUGGACUAAGCACUUCCAGGCAUAAUUCACCUUAACACAGCUGAUGAUUCUCUGGCAUCAUUCAUGCUUGUAAUGACAACACUGACAUGUGAAAUGCUCAUCUCAGCCUCCCUGGCGGAAGUUGGAGGAAUAAUGUGCAACUUAUGACCUUUUUUAACUUAAUAUAAACAGGUCCAGUCCCUGCAGCAUGUGGCAAAGAGACAUGAAUUAAAUGGUUCCCUCUGAGUCAUCAGUGUGUACUGUCUGCAUCUACCUGGCUCUGUUUUAAUGAUCUGUGUAUUUCACACAUCAUUACCUAGUCUCUCAGCACUUGCAUGGGAGUGGUAUCUGCUGCAUCUUUGAUAUAGCAUUCAAUCAAACUUUGUUGAUAAUUACAAGGGGAAGGGAUGUGGCCUUUCAGUCUGAAGAUGAGUUCCCCUCCCACAUUUCCUUAGUAUGCUCCCUCGCCUUGUUAGGGCUUUUUUUGGGGGUUCGCAUGUAUAGCAAAUAACUUCAACAACUAACUUCAGUCACCAAUCUUCAGGUCUGAAUAUAGACUGUAGAUUAAAUAUAAAAUGCAUAUUAAAUAUAAAGUUCCUAAGAGCCGUGAACUGCAGUUAAUUGGAAGAUCAGACAAAGCUGGUUUAAAUUCGUUUGGGUGUCUGUAAUGUGGAUGUGAAGAGGGAAUUGUGAAAGUUGUGUGUAAUUCAAAGGAAGCAUUGUGGAGGCAUUGUAAAUAUGGAAUCGUCCUGUGAUCUUUAGCACACAAAAUGUCGUGUGGUGUUGGGUCAAGCAGGCCUCUUCCUCCAAAAGGGUCUCAGUGUGAUGCCUGUUGGCCCUCAUUUUGUCGAAUAAAGAGACUACUUCAUUUCUACCAGGAACUUUUCUCAAGCGACUUUGUUCAUGCGACGUCCUCAUUGAAACCUGCUGUAAUCUGGCAGUCUUGAAAAGAACCACUUUA